AGUCAUACUUGCUUUAAAGAAUAAUCAAAUGCUUCUAAUGGUUAUUUCGCUAAUAUUAAUCACAAUUCUGUUCAAAGUGGCAUUUAGUGAUCCUAUCACUUACAUAGAAGUGGAAAAAUCACUAGAAAAAGUUUUAAAUUUUAUUAAUGAGAAUGUAUAUCAAUUCGGAUUUGACGGUUUUUUUGGAUUAACACUUGCUCAGUCACAAUUAGCCAAAAUAUUGGAUCUACCUAUUAGUCGAUAUAUUUAUUAUGAUGUAAAAUAUUUAAUAGAACAGUGUCAACGUAUACUUAUUAAAGCUCAACCGAUGCUACCAAAUGAUCCAUCAUAUAUGAUAACAUUUGCUAAUAAACUACUGGAUUUCCAAAAAUGGUCCCAAACGUUGCCAAAUAACAUUACUUUCGGAGAACUACCCAAUUUGGGGAUAUAUGUUAAUUGGUCACCUACGGAGAUUCUGAAAAAUAAGCGCGCUAUUUACAAAGGAGUAGAAACUAAUUUAUGUCUAAGGGAACUACUAGAACUAUCGACAGAUCAAAAUUGUUAUGUUAGCAGCAUUUGUAAAGAAAUGAUGCUAGAUACUUACCGAAUUGAUACAGGUUAUUUAUUGACACAUAGAUUGUUGUAUAUGCAAAUCAAAAGAUUACAAGAUUGUCUAAUCUCAGGAGAUUUAAUCAAAACAAAGGACUAUAUCAAGUUAUUCUGCUCUUAUAUUUUAAAGGAAGCCAAAACCAAUGAAUAUUUGAAGUUUCCUUAUCAUGACAUAUUUUUAGAGCAAGUUGUACUUUGUGGUAUUGAGGGAUAUGGAGAGUUUUUUAAAGAAAAAUGGUUAGAUGAAAUGCUAAAAUGGCAAAAUUCACAUGGUUGCUAUGAAAGUAUUCCUAUAUACAAAAUCAGAAAUAAAAGAACCAGCCAUACCAUAAAUUAUGGAUGUUCAGAUCAUGCGACAGGAUUAGGCGCUGCUGCUCUAGCUCUAUACUUUAAAUAUUUAUUUAUUCCAGUCUAACGAAAUUGUGAUUGUAUUAUUGUUAUAAUAACAUCAUUGAAAAAAUAGUUUUUAUAAUUUUUUCAAAGUUCGAUACUGCACUCAAACGUUGGGAGUACGAAACUGCCAUAUUUCUACUUCUUAAAAAUAA